AUGUGUUGAAUGACUUCUCCACCAGCUCCGACCGUGUCUGUGGGGACUCCCGAGGGCGGCCGGGUCACAAGCCCCGGGCCUCCGCCCUUGCGGGAGCCGGGGAAAGUGACCCGGCCCGGAGCGGGCGGACCCGUCCCUGCGAGGGGAAAGUGUCUUUCCACCCGCUCACCAGGCGCUCGCCUCAGGCGGCGCCGAGCCAGCCGUGCCGAGGUACCGAGAGCUCUGCCGGCGAGGAGAGGGGCGGGCGCCCUUUGCAAGGGCCCGGGGCCGGCGUGGGCCCGGUCCCAGCCCCGUCCCUCCAACUUGCCUGUGUGUGAGGGGGAAGGAAGAGCCUGGGCAGGCGGGGGAGGAUCACAGUGCUGCGACUCGGCGGGUUUAGCGUCUACACCGGCAGCGAGGGAUGCCGAGAUUUCGGCGGCGCUGGAGUUCUCCGGGGGACAGACCGGCAGGAAGCCCCGGGGCGGGCGGCAGAGCCCCGCGGGGCUUGGCGGUACCUGCCGCGGCCAGCCGGGACGCGGGGCUGAGGCGAGCCCGCAGCCGCGCCAAACGAUCCGCCGCUUCCCACGAGUACAUCCACAACUAAACCACCCUCGGCCGGCACCUGGGACACCACCGGCCCCGGGCCCUUCUCUCGCUCGCCCCGGGCUCCCCGCCCACCUCAGCCCUCCCGCCCGGUCUGCGUUGUUCCACCUGGGAAGAAGAACUGCCGAAGACCUUCCAAACCUUCGCCCCUCUCGCCCUUCCAAAGUGCCGCGCCGGGACGCAGACACCGAGCACUGGAAAUUGAUGAGCCCAGCCCAGCCGCGCCGGGACCACGGCCCUGACCCCGCGUUCACCCCGGAUCCAGCCCCGGCACCUGCGGGACCCGCUGGGCCGAGCCCGCUCGUCCCUUUUCCCCCGGCGAUGUCCGGUUCGGUGCCGGAGGGGCGCGAGGUGCGGCCCGAGCCAAGUACGAGGUACUCCGGGGCUCUGCUAAAUUUAUUGGCUCACUGCUGAGACGAGGCUCAGUAUAAAUCACGGGGCUGUACAGAGCCAUAAAGUAUCCCUGUACAUCCUGCUCUCGCCGGGGCUCUGGUGAAGAGGAGUUCACAGAAAGCCGGGUAUCGGUAACAUCCUUCAGAUCCGGUGUAUGUGAUGCUUUAAAAGUCUUAGAUAUACAGUGGGAUAUACUGAUGGAGCAACUAAAGCUAUUAUGUAGAAUUUCUAUAGGUAUUUGAUACAUAAAAAAGCAAGGAGGGGUGAGGAAUCUCUUAUGCUCAGUUCUUGGCAUCUCUAAUGGUUUUGAAAGUAAGAAAACUAUUAUUUUGGGAAGAGAAAUUAAAAGAAUAUUCUAAAACUUAAUACAUUAUAAACUGACAGCUGAGGAAUUAAUUUCUCCCGGGUUGUAGAAUGUAGAUCCCGCUAUAAAGGCAAACUGAACUCUAAAUGUAAUAAUAUAGAAGCAAAUCAGUAACAAUACUGUCACAGACACAAUCCAAAGAAUUCUUUGAGCCACCUGGAAGGCAUUUUUGAACAUAUGUUGGAAAUGUAAACCGAAAUUUGUACAUCCACAAGUGUACAUCCACAAAGCCCUGGUGGAAGCAGACCUGCUGUCCCCAGCCACGUGCUGCAGUGGUUUUGGUACCUCUUGGGUAAGGAAAGGCAGUUUGUGACUGAUGCCACCAGCAGCCUCAGGUCUCACUAGCUGCUGGGUGGUACAGGACAGAGGUGGAAGGUGAAUUGUCCUUUACCAGUUCCUCUAGUAGACUGACUGGUCAUGAGCAUGUUUUUCUAAACACUAACCCUCCAUGCCUUUAUCCUUCAACUUCGUUCUUGAACAAACACACUAACAAUGCACACAAAGUCCAAAUCUCACUUUGUUCUCGCAAAGAUACUUCCUUGGCCAGUCCUCAUCAAUGGGAAACUAGUGGGGCUCCAGCGAGGCUGCUCUGUCUUACUUCAGCUGGGGAUCUGAAACCCUUUUCACAGGAUUUUGUUCUCAUCCUACACACUUCAGAGGAAUUCACAGGUGUAAGCACCUGACUAGGCGGGCUUUAGAGCAAGAGUGGUCCCACUGAAACCAGUGCUUAAGGACUUCAGUCCACCAGGGUCUAACACCCUUGUACCAUGCAGCAGGGGAAGCCAAUACCUCCUCUGCCUACAGAUGCUCAGCUAGUGCCGAAAGCAAGCAGUGAAGACAAUGUACCUGGUGCCUAAAGCACACAAGGAACAAAAGCUCAUGGGUUCUGUUCAAUGCCUCCUUCAAGCUAAGGAGAAAUGAAGGGGUGACGGCAGUUUUGCCAGAACACUGCAGGGCUCCAGCAGUAUUUGUGGAGUGCUUGGAGACCUUGGGUAAGCAAAGAAACACAGAUAGUUGUUGCAUUAUGCAGCACAGCUCCGGGUGAUCCAUCAGGGAUGUGACCUGUGAGGGGGUGGCAGGGCCGGAGCUGCAGAGCUAUUGCGACAUGGCAAGUCCCUGCUCCCAGCCCCACUAGCAGAGCAUAGCGAACAGCUCCUACACUGCCUGGGGAGAUUUUGCUGCCCUCAGCCCCCAGUACAGCCCUUUAGCUUCAACUGAGCAUACCCAGUCCUUCAUAUAACUGCAGCUACAUAAAGGUACAAGUCUCUCUUCUCUCUGGACUAUAUGCACUGAUAUGCGUGUAUUGCAGCAACACGCAAAAGGCAAACAAGCUCAUUUUUCUUAUCUAGUUGGCUGGAAGCAACAGGCAGCAAAAACGUAGCUCCAACCAAAACAAGAGCUUUCCCAAUUCUUUAUUCUGAGGCUCUUCACUUAAUAUAUUUUUCUUUCUUCAAAAAUCAGAACUUUACAGCCAGUCUCUCCCUUGUGUAUGCAUCACAUGCUGCUGCAUGGGACAUAUGGCCUGGCCACAAGGGUGAAUGUACAUCUGAAAUCUCCAGUUCCUGAUGCAAGCAGGAACAGAAGCCCUGGUGCCCUUCCCAGAAUGGACUAGGACAUCACUGGGUUGUGCAGGUGCCUGCAUGGGUCUCACCAGCAUGUCACUGCAGGUCUCAGCUGUUUUCACGUUUGUGGCUGUCACUGUUCAGCAGCAGCCUCUGCUUACCCUGCUGCCACCAGCAGACUUUGUCUGGCAAAGCUCAUGCUGAGAGUGAGCUACACAGGGACAGUUAGAGAUGGAGCUUGCAGAGAGAGGUCAGGGAAGAAAGGAGAGGAGGGAGGGAGCCCACAUGUCGAACUUGCCUUAGAAGUCAAAUUUCUUCUUCAGGAGCCACAGGAGAUUGCUUUCCCUUCAGAUUUUGUGUAUGUUUGAUUCUGCUAAAUUCAUCUGAGUACUGACUGCUACUAUACAGGAAUCAAAAGCACUGAGAGUUUGCUGUAGCCAUUGAGUCAUGGACUCAGAGUGAUCACUUGUUUUUCCUUCCUAUUACAUGAAAGCAGGGUUCAAUAAAGUUCAGAUCAGAACUAAGAGCUACUUUUGUGAUGUCUUGACAAACCUCUCUUGAAAUAUUUAAGAUGCCAGUUGAAAAGAAAGAAGCACAAAGAAACCCUGUCAACUUGUUAUUUAUGUUUUUUUAAAUGAAACAAUGAACGGAA